AUGAAUGUCCAAGACAUCGAGGAUACUGGAAACCAAUUAAUCGUGACAAUUAAGGAUAAUAAAAACCAUUAUCCUCGGAGUUUUAUCAUUGGCAAAGAGUAUCAUGGAAUUGUUAAGAAAUACACGGAUUUACGCCCAAAAGACAUCGACACGAGAAGAUUUUUCAUCAACUAUCAAAUGGGAAAGUGUACUUGUCAGGUAAUCGCCAAUAUUCUUACUCUAUUUAGUUAUAAAAGUAUAAAUCAUAAACUAAAAAACAUAUAUUGCAUGGGGAUGAAAGUUGACACAUGCGCUCUAAAUUAA